AUGAGGAAAUCAUCUUUUUUCUUGACAGUCUUAACAAUUCUCAUGUCUAUUUCAACUGCAAUAUCAUCACAAUCGCCCCUUCAAAAUUUCCUCACCUGUUUUUCUCAUAAUUCUCAUGCUUCUAAAGUUAUUUACACACCAAACAACUCCUCAUUUUCAACCAUCCUCAACAAGAAAAUGUAUAACAAGAAAUUUCAAACACCAACAACACCAAAACCUUUGGUAAUUAUAGCUGCAAAAGAUGCUUCUCAUGUUCAGGCAACAAUUAAAUGUGCCAAAAGUAACAAUAUCCAAAUCAGAAUCCGAAGCGGAGGCCAUGACUAUGAAGGUUACUCAUAUGUAUCAGACGUGCCUUUUGUUAUACUCGACAUGUUUAAUAUCAAUUCAGUUGAUAUCAACUUACAAGAAGAAACAGCAUGGGUUGGUUCUGGUGCAACACUUGGUGCUGGUGGUUUUUUAUCUGGUGGUGGGUAUGGAAAUUUGAUGCGAAAAUAUGGUCUUUCUGUUGAUAAUGUCAUUGAUGCAAUCAUAGUUAAUGUCAAUGGUAACAUCUUGGAUAGAAAAUCAAUGGGAGAAGAUCUCUUUUGGGCUAUAAGAGGUGGUGGUGGUGCUAGUUUUGGUGUUAUUCUUUCAUGGAAACUCAAAUUGGUUCAUGUACCUCCACAAAUUACUGUUUUCAAUGUGACAAGGAAUGUAGAUGAAGGUGCAACUGAUGUUGUUUACAAAUGGCAACUAGUUGCACCAAAAUUACAUAAAGAUCUGUUCAUUAGAGCGCAACCUAAUGUUGUUCAAAUUGGUAAUGGGACAAAAAAUGUAGUGGAAAUUCUUUUCUUUGGUCAAUUUUCUGGAACAACGAAAAGGCUUUUACUUUUGAUGAGUGAAAGUUUUCCUGAAUUAGGUUUGAAAAAAAGUGAUUGUUUUUCAAUGCCUUGGAUUAAUAGCACUCUUUUUGCGUAUAGUCGACCAAUUGGUACUCCCCUUGAAGCAUUGUUUGAGGAUCCUCAAGCAGUUUAUUCCAAAGGUCAGUCAGAUUAUGUGAAAAAACCUAUUCCAAGAAAAGUUUUAGAAUCUAUAUGGAAAAAAAUGAUUGAAGGUCAGACUAUGUUUAUGCAAUGGAGUCCUUAUGGUGGGAGAAUGGGAGAGAUAUCGCCAUCACAAACUCCAUUUCCUCACAGAGCUGGAAAUUUAUUCAAGAUUCAAUAUUUUAAUACUUGGACUGAUGGAUCUCCUAAAUCUAUUGAAAGUCAUGUGAACUUUUCAAGGUCGUUUUAUAAAUUCAUGACACCCUAUGUAUCAAAUUCUCCAAGGGAGGCAUUUUUUAACUAUAGGGAUGCUGAUAUUGGUGCAAAUCAUCCGAGUAAUACAACCAAAUUUAAAAUUUCUAGAACUUAUGGAAGUAAGUAUUUCAAAGGAAAUUUUGAAAGAUUGGUGAGUGUGAAAACUAAGGUUGAUCCUGAGAAUUUUUUCAGAUAUGAACAAAGUAUACCUACUAGGACAUAUUAA